GUAGUAAUUCUGUCAAAGUCGACGAGUCAGGUGCAAGGAGAGUCCCAGUUAUAUUUGAGGUGAGUGUCGGGGGACACCUACUACUACUGCGGCGUUUACGUUCGAAUUUUGAGUCGAGUCUUUGGAUUCCCAGCAGUAGAAUCGGGCACAGUGCUCGAACCAACUUCAACCUGGUACCAGCCUCUAAUUCCCGUGCAUGGCCCACGGCCUUUCAUUCACUGUAAUCAUCAAACAAAAGUGCUUUUUGUAAUAUUCUUACGUAUACAACCGAUACUUUUUAUUGAAUAAAUUAUUUGAAAGGGAGAGUAAACUCUCUCUUGUGCCUCAUAAUCAACGAAUGCUAAUUUUUUAAUAUUUUUAUUUUUAACCUCAUGAAAUUUAACAUAAAAAAUCAUUACUUUUGUUAAUUACUUGUGAUUAUUUUCCAUUUUUUAUCAUUAAAUUUGUGGUACAAGUGAUUAGCAUCAUGCUGCUGGAAAAUCAAGUCUCCAGAUACGGGAACGAGGGGAUAGACGUUUAUGAAAAUGAUAUAAAUGAAAAUAAUAACAAUAUUAUGAAUACAAUAAAUAUGGAGCAAGUUAUAACGAGGACUCCGAUUCAAGAUUUUUACGCCGGUCGAAAUAUCUUCAUAACAGGAGCCACUGGCUUUCUCGGCAAAACUAUGAUUGAGAAACUACUGAGAAUUUGUCCGGAAGUAUCAACAAUUUAUAUAUUGAUUCGACCUAAAAAAAAAAGUAACAUUAUUGACAGAGUUGAAGACAUAUUUAAUGAGCCCAUUUUUGAACAAUUGAAAAAUGAUUCACCAAAAUUACGUCAUAAAAUAGUCGCUAUUCCAGGCGAUUGUACAUUUCCCGAUUUAGGACUAACGUUAGAAGACCGAAAAAAAAUAAUUGAUGAAGUUUCAGUCGUUUUUCACAAUGCGGCGACUGUUAAAUUUGAUGAAAAACUUAAAGUCGCAACGACAAUUAAUGCUGGUGGUACUUUAGCUGUUAUUAAUCUGUGUAAAGAAAUAAAAAAUUUAAAGGCGAUGAUUCAUGUGUCAACAGCCUAUGCAAAUUGCCAUCUUGAUACUAUUGAUGAACAAUUCUAUCCUCAUCCUUUGAAGUAUGAUGAUUUACGAGUUAUCGUCAAUAGUUUGCCAGAUGAAACUGUCAAUGCCAUAUUACCCAAACUUUUAGAAAAAUGGCCUAAUACUUACACAUACACAAAAGCGCUUGCUGAAAAUGUUGUCCGUGAAAAAUCACAAGAUUUGCCAAUCGGAAUAUUUCGACCUGCAAUAAUAAUAUCUUGCGCUGAUGAUCCAUUGCCUGGAUGGAUUGACAAUUACUAUGGACCAAUGGGUGUAGCAGCUGCAGCAGCUGUCGGAUUUUUACGUAGCAUUCGCAUAAAUCGUGAUGUUUAUGCCAACAUGGUACCCGUUGAUUACACAGUAAAUGCAAUCCUAGCAAGUGCUUGGGAUGUAGCUACGCAACCAGACAAGCGUGGAGAGAAUAUGUUAAUAUACAAUUACAUAUCAACAGUCGAAAAUCCAAUAACUUGGGGAUUUUAUAUCGACAAUUGUCUUACAUAUGGACGCGACUUUCCACUGAAACAAUCGGUCUGGUAUUUAACAAUGAGCACUUAUCAAAAUAAAACGAUAAACUUUUUUGCGAAUAUUAUUUUACAUCUGCUACCUGCACUACUGGUUGAUAUCGUCGCUGUCUGCACGGGACACAAACCACGAGUAGUAAAAUCCAUAAGCAAAAUCAAUCGAUUUUUGAACGUCAUUCAGCCAUUUAGUUUGAAAAAUUGGAAUUUCAAAAAUGAUAAUAUUCAGCGUCUUUGGUUGCGUCUUGAUUCAAAAGACAAAUUGAGCUUGAAGUUUACUUUUGAUAAAUUUGACUGGAAGCAUUACUUGAGAAAUCACAUGCUGGGAGUAAGAUUAUAUUUGUUCAAAGAAGACAUGAGCACGUUGGAGUCUGCUAGGAAAAGAUUACAAAGGCUGCGAUGGAUUCACGAGACAGUCAAAAUAGCCGUGGGUUUUUUUGUCAUCAUGUUCAUUUGGAAAUUAUUUAAUAUUAUUUUUUAAAUAUCACGCAGUAUAGCCUCGAAACAAAAUAUUUUGUACAUAAAUUUAAUUUUAUUAAGUAUCGUAGAUUAAUUUUUUUUAAAUAUAUUUUUGUAAAGGACUUUAAUAUUAGAUAAUAGUGGGUUUUUUAAAAUUAUUUUUUUAGUUUGUAGAUUAAUAUUUAACAGCUAUAUCAAUACUGUAUACUUU